UUCAAUUUCGACUCAUGCCGCUCACUAACUACGCUGUUCCUACACCUACAAUCCAAUCUCUACCUCAAAUCAGCAAUUCACUACACCGUCACAAUAUUUCAUUAAGUACUAGUCUCAACUGUUGCUGUUGUCGAUCAGAACACGCCUGUAGACGAUCUGUUGCCGGACUGUUGAUGAGCGAGCACUGGUUGCGGACAGUAGACGAGCACUGGUUGCCGGACUGUUGACGAGCACUAGUUGCCGGACAGUUGUUGAGCACUAGUUGCCGGACGGUUGACGAGCACUGGGGAUCAGGAACUAGCUGUCUAGUAUGAUCCAACUAGACUGAUGCUGAGACUAGCUUUUAUAUUACGCAACAAAGUCUGUUUCUUUUUUUUGUGAGAGGAACACUAUAAAAACGCGAUCAUUUCUUCUCCCUUAACAACACAACUAUCAAUCUUCUAUCAUCAUCUACAACAAAUUCUCUUCAUCUACGUUCGUCGACGUACCUGUAAUGCGGAAGCGCUGCUGCAACUCUUCAGGCGUCAACGGGAUGGCCUCGACAUCGGCUCUGGUUUCGCGUGCUCUUCUUCUGCUCACGGUCGCUCUGUUGCUGCUCGAGUGCGUUGUCUGGUGCGACCUGGUUGGAUUUGCAAAGCAUGAAAGGAAGGGCAACAAGAUCACAAAGCUGGUCACAGGCAAAGGGACUGAUUGCGAAGUUGAACCGGGUCCUAACGCGGGCGAUAUGAUCAUCAAGUACAAAAAGGGCCAUAAACAUGCGUUGGAAGGAUGCUCCAUUGAUCUGCUCAUGAAUCCAGAAGGAAUCCAGCUGGAAUUCAACGUCACCGGGAAUCUGAUGGAAUGCUUGACGGACGCUGUGGCUGAUGGGAAUACCGUUAAGGAUGAGAGGGUCGGCGACGAGAAUUUGUGA